ACCAAUGAAAUAUCUCCAAGAACCAAGGAAUUACGUCAUGACGACUAUUUCCCCCCGCGCUGAUAAAGCUAGCGUCAUGUUAAGCUAGCGAAACAUUUCUUACCCACACUUUAUCGUAAUUCUCAAGUUUUUACCAAGAAGGGGUUAGUGGAGAAAGUGAGAAACUCGUCGGCGAAGGGAACCCGUGCUGGCCUGCUAGCGGGGCAAGAUGUUCAACAAGUCGUUUGGCACACCCUUCGGCGGAGGCUCGGGGGGGUUUGGUACCUCGUCCACCUUCGGGCAGCAAAACACGGGCUUUGGGACCACGGGGGGGUUUGGUACGUCUGCGUUCGGGGCGACCACCAACACCGGAGGGCUCUUUGGCACCACACAGAAUAAACCCGGCGGCCUGUUUGGAUCAAGCACCUUCAGCCAGACGCCGACAUCUUCCACCAGCACCAGUUUCGGCUUUGCCGCCCCCAGCGCCACAUCCACCAGCCUGUUUGGCAACACAGCGGCAGGGAACACGGCCGCCGGCGGGCUCUUCUCCCAACAGAACAAUGCUUUUAGCGCCAACAAACCCACAACCUUCGGGAGCUUUGGGACGAGCACCAGCACAGGCGGGCUCUUCGGCUCUACCAACACCACCGCCAACCCGUUUGGAGGGGGCACCUCCUUGUUUGGAGGGUCGGGCUUCUCAGCCACACAGCAGCCUGGAACAACGAUCAAAUUUAUUGCUCCAACAUCAAAUGACACCAUGGUGAAAGGCGGCGUGACCACAAACAUCACCACCAAGCAUCAGUGCAUCACUGCCAUGAAGGAGUACGAGAACAAAUCACUGGAGGAAUUGAGGCUGGAGGACUACCAGGCAGGACGCAAGGGCGCCACCAACCAAAUGCCCGCCGCGACGGGUGGCCUGUUUGGUGCUGCGGCCCCCACAUCCAGCGCCCCCACUGGCCUGUUCGGCUCAGCAGCGUCCAACAACAACUUCUCUUUUGGACAGAACAAGACUACUUUUGGCCAAGCCCCGACUGGGGGGUUCAGCGGCACCACAGGGGGGCUUUUCAGCCAACCCAACCAACAGCAAGCCGGCAGCCUUUUCAAGCCGUUCGGUCAGACCACCACAGCGCAAAGCAGCGGCUUUUCCUUUGGCAACACCAACACAAUGGGCCAAGCAAGUACCAGCACCAUGGGUCUGUUUGGCAAUACGGCGGCAUCUCAGUCAGGCAGCUUGUUCGGAACGGCUCAGACGAGCACUGCCACCGGCUUCGGCGCCGGCGGCGGUCUCUUUGGCCAAGCCAGCACCGGCUUUGGCAAUGUGGGCACUCAGCCCAGCAUAUUUGGAAACAAAGCCAGCGGCUUCGGCACCACCACGACCAGUGCCCCCUCUUUUGGCACGGGCAGUGGAAUCUUUGGCAACAAACCCGCGCUAACGCUAGGAACCGGAGCAAACCCAUCAACAUUUGGUGCCUUUGGAGCAAACACGGCAGGUGGGAAUCUAUUCGGCAACAAGUCGACCACUGGAGGGCUUGGCACUGGACUUGUAACCACCUUUGGAGGAGUGGGCACUGGGACCACGUCUCUUUUUGGGAAUAACCAGAACAAAUUAGGCUCCACGCUGGGAACGAUGGGGACGUUCGGAACAACCGGCUUCAACAGUGGCUCCAGCGCCAUAGGCUUUGGAGCACCUCAGCAACAUGUCGCUUUGACCGACCCCAACGUGGCCGCAGCUCAGCAGGCCAUGCUGCAGCAGCAAUUUAGCGUGCUGGCAUACUCACCGUACGGAGACUCGCCGCUUUUCAGGAACCCUUUGUCUGACCCCAAAAAGAAGGAGGAGCGUCUGAAACCAACCAACCCAACAGCACAAAAAGCUCUGACCACACCCACACACUACAAACUAACACCCCGACCAGCAACUAGGGUGCGCCCCAAAGCGCUGACCUCAUCGGGCGGCUCCAAGUCGCAGCUUUUUGACGGACUGGAUGAUGAUGAGCCCUCACUCACCAACGGGGCCUUCAUUCCGAGAAAGAGCAUAAAAAAACUUGUGUUGAAGAACUUGAACAGCAGUCAGUACAACAGCCCCGCAAACAAAGACUCUGAGGAUCUCGCCGUGCCGUCGGCGUACCUUCAAAACGGACACAGGCAAGCAGAGGAGGAUGAGUCGAGGGUGGCGCUGGGCCAGAGCGGUGGCCUGGCUGACACCGCCGACCUUGAGAUCACGCAUUUCUAUGUCAACCCCAUUGCUAAGCCCAUACCGCAAGGUCGCGGGCAAUCCAACCUGCAGGACACGAUAUGUGAACUGAACAUUCACAAGGCUGCCAGAAAUGGUCUAGAGUUAAGCAAUGAAGAAGUGUCAGCAUCCCUUGGGGAGGAGUCUCUGCAGGAGGAUCGAGACGAAGUUCUGCAGGAGUCUAACCAGCCUCCCCACCCCGCAGGCAUCGUUCUGAGGCGCGUUGGUUAUUACACCAUCCCCUCUAUGGAAGAGCUGGCCGACAUGGUGGAUGACGGCGGCGAGUGCGUGGUGGAAAACUUUACUGUUGGCAGGAAAGGUUACGGCUCCAUUUUCUUCCCUGGUGCGGUGAACGUGACUGGAUUGGACCUUGACGAGAUUGUUCACUUCAGACGCAAAGAAGUCAUUGUGUACCCGGAUGAUAAAAAGAAGCCGGCCCAGGGCGAGGGCCUAAACAGGCGGGCAGAGGUGACGCUGGACGGAGUUUGGCCAAACGACAAAACGAGCUGCACGCAAAUCCGAAGCCCGGAGCGCCUCACGGAUAUGAACUACGAAGGGCGCCUGGAAAAGGCAGCGCGUAAACAGGGAGCGCGAUUCCUCGAGUACAGGCCUGAGACUGGCUCCUGGGUCUUUGAGGUCGCUCAUUUCUCCAAGUACGGCCUGAAAGACUCUGAUGAAGACGAGGACGUUCCGCUCAAGGCUGACCCCAAGAAACUUAAGAUGACAAUGUCCCUCCCUCCCUCCAGGCUGCCUCAGCCUCCUCUCCCCUCCCAGCAGCAGAUAGCGCCACUGUCCCAGACCGGGCCUGUCGUGGAUCUGACCAGCAGCGUCGCUGAGUUGGACAGCGACAUGGCCGACGUCACUCAGGGUUUCCCGGCCGAUAACGUGCCCGGAGACGAGGACGAUGGCGAGAUGCCAGAAGGCCGGAGUGAUGCGGCGGUUGCUGAGCAAGAUGGAUUCUCUGCUUUUGGCCACAUGACAUCCUUACUGGGCCUCAACCCACACAACCUACAGAUCAUGAAGGCAUCUCUAUUUGCUGAGGAUGAUGAUGAUGAGAGCAACCUCUUUAGGGAUCCUGUGAAGAGUUCCUCUCAAUAUCUCGUCCUGCAAGGACGACCUUCUGUGGGCGGUCUCCUUCAGGCUCGUUUUUCCUCUAGUGUGCUCCCCGAGUCCCCUCGGGGGCCCACUCAUCCCCGCUCACCCUACUGCACGGCGCCGGCCCCACCCUCCUUCUCGCUGCCCCCCAAGCCUGCAGAGCCCCCAGUGAGGACUGUCGGGAUCCGGCGGUUAGGAGGCCCUGUCCCACUGGAAAAAUCAAUCGCUCGAGGAAAGGGACACUCACUGAUGGAUGCCGGUCUGUUCGCGGGUCGCUCCUUCCGGGUGGGCUGGGGGCCCGGUUGGACGCUGGUGCACAGUGGCUGUCGGCUCAGCUCGCCACUGGACAAGCAAUUUUCUCAGAAACAAGUGGCAACCAACACAGAUUUCAGUUUCAUGCCAAAACCUGCCAGCAACAUAUCGCUGACCGAAAGUUCCUACAAGGUAGUUCUGGAGCAGGUGUUGGGUCUUGAUGCUCACACAAGUGAGGAACAGAGCCAAGAGGUGCUAGAGCACCCCCUGGAGAUCUGCCUGAACCACAGCACCAUCAACACAGAUGCGCCUGGUUGCCCGCAAGUGUGCCCAAAGCCUGGCGUGGCUGCGCUUCACGACUACGCCGAUUGGGCCACCGAACUGAGUGAUAAGUGGGCACACGCCGACCCGCUUUUAACUCACUGGUGCGAAGUGUGGACACUGUGCGAGGCCCUGUGGGGCCGGCGGCUUCCCGCGGAGCCCCAGGAUGACUACGAGCGGCAACUGGAGAGGAGGCGCGCCUUCUCCGCCUGGCUAUCUUGCCGCACUGCCCACCGGGUGGAGGAGGAAGUGGCACUGGCCAGUAAAGGUCGCCACACGCAGGCAGUUUUUAGCUACCUGACAGGAAACCGCAUCAGUGAGGCUUGUUGUUUGGCGCAGAAGGAAGGAGACCACCGCUUGGCCCUGCUGCUGUCGCAGGCCGCCGGCUCGCAGUACUGCCGUGACCUGCUGGCCCUGCAGCUUGCCGACUGGAAUCGUAUGCAGACCGACACACACUUGACAGAAGAACACCUGCGAAUCUUCACACUGCUGGCUGGAAAGCCUGUGUGGCAGACGUCUGAUUCGGUGGUGAACACGUGCUUGCAGCUGGACUGGAAGCGCUGUGUGGCCGUUCACCUCUGGUUCAUGUUGCCGCCCACAGCCUCGGUGGCCGACGCCCUCACGAAGUACCAGGACGCCUUCCAGGGAUCCUGUGAUGGUAGCAAAUAUGCCUGCGCACCCCUGCCUCCAUACAUGGAGGAGGAGCAAUCAGAUAUAGAAGAGGAGGAGCAGGAAGAGUCAAAGCAACCUCUCUACGACGUCUGUUUCCACUUGCUUAAACUCUACAGUGACAGACACUACAGCCUGCCGCAGCUGUUGGAGCCUCUGAGUGCCACGUGGGACCGGCUGGACUUCCGCCUAAGCUGGCAUCUUUGGGGCGUCCUUCAGGCGCUGCAUUACAGCCACCUAAGCACAGCCCGCCAGGCCCUGCUGCACACAAGCUACGCCGCGCAACUUGAAAGCGGCGGCCUGUGGCACUUGGCCGUCUUUAUCCUGCUGCAUAUCCCCGACCACGACCAGCGGGAGCGCGCGGUUCGUGCUGUUCUAACGCUGCACUGCACCCCACGGGAGACUGACGAGUCGCUGCGGCGGGAGCGCUUCCUAACAGAGCGGCUGCUGGUGCCCGUGCAAUGGAUCCACGAGGCUAAAAGCACUCGCGCUCGCCACGACGGCGACAAGCACCAGGAGGCGCUGCACCUCUAUCGUGCCGGCAACUGGAGCCAGUGUCACCGGGUACUCAUGGCGCACCUGGCUGCAGACUGCAUCAUCAAUGACAACCACGAAUACCUGCUGGAGUUUCUGGAGGGGCUGUCGGCACCCGAACGCAGUGCCACCAUCCACGACUGGGACACUUCCGGCAAGGUCUACCUGGACUACAUGAAGAUCACACAGAGCCUGCGGGACAUGCAGCAGAUGGAGAGCAGCGGCGACUACGAGCUGGAGCGUCUUCACACUCAAGUGACGUCAUUAUGCGGCAGGAUUCAGCUACUGCCCUGCACAGGCGCCAGAGACCGCUUGGCGCAAUCGGAAAUGGCCAAGUGCGUGGCCAACAUCCUGCGCGUGGUGCUGAGCCUUCAGCGUGACGCGAGCACGCCGUCAUCCGUGCCACCGCCGCUUUCGCAGCUGGCGCCACACGUCACGCGUCUGCCCAUGCCUGAGGACUACGGCAUGGAGGAGCUACGGGGCCUGGCGAUGUCAUACCUGCUCACCAUCGGCCAAUGAGCAUCCGCGCACCGACGAAUACACGCGCUUCACAAAACAGUCCGUACACGUUGUGGGGGGCUGCUUCUAUCAGCUUAGCAUAGCGCUAUGGCAGUUUGUCUAUAUGCAAGAAAAGGCGGUAAAUCUAUCUUGAUGUUUUAUGAUAAGAAAAAAAGCGGAGAAAUGUCUGAUGGUCUAUUUUUGUAGAUUUUUGUUGUUUCUUUGGAGUGUUUGUAAGCACAUGAAGAAGAAAAAAAAAGUUUUAAAAAUGUCUUCGGAAGUGUUUUUGCAAGCAGCUUCACCCGAACUCCAUUGUUUUUAGAUAUAUUGAACUCACUUUUGUACAAAUGCCAAGGUGUUAUUUUUGUUAUGUCACAACUCUGAUUUGCGUGGUAAAUCAUUUAAUAAAGUUGAGUAAAAAUAAGGCUUUUGUUGUUCA